UAGAACGCGCCCAACUUGACGUCAGCAUCCAGUCGACCAAUCAAACGCUUGCGGCGUCGCUCUCGCGUGCAGACAGUGUUGUUAAAAAGGAAACGAUGUAGCGUCAGACGGACAUGAAAGCUAUUACAAACAGCAACAGAAGCGUUGCAGAGGCAACAGGACGAGCAAAAUGAGGCGUGGCUCGGUGAGAUCUGAAAAGAAUGAUUGUAAAAGGAGGCGGGGCCAGAAAUGAUGUCAGUCGUGUUAUGUUGAUGUACAUACUCGCGCUCUCAACACAUGCGAAGCCGCUGCUCCAGGUGAACGUGCUCCAGUGCUGAGGACAACGCAAGCAACGUAAAGCGCUCUGCCCGAGGUUGUGUGUGUCCAUGCAUGCUUGAGAAGGUUUGGGAUCAGGAUGGACGUGGAGGAGACCGGAGCAGGUCAGGUGGAGACAGCGGCCCCAGAGGAGGAGGCACCAGCUCCCAAACGUGGGAGAGGACGACCCCGCAAACCACAACAGGAGCCUGUUGAAGCUUCUGCUCCCAGGAGGCCGAGAGGAAGGCCAAGAGGCAGUAAAAAUAAAGGCCAGCGGGUCACAGCCAAAGUAGAGCCACCUAGAGAACGGAGACCACGAGGUAGACCAAGAAAAUGGCCUCAGAAGACCAUUCAUCAAGAAGAACAGCAGCCUCAUCCUGCGGUUCAAGGGGCGCAGUCAACAGAGGAGCCGCCCAUUCAGACUCCGCCUGCUGCGUUACCAUCGCAGGAGAGCGACUAAAACUACCUCAGUGAUGACUUUACUACGUUGGGGGUAAUUCUCCAUCUCAGCUGCCUCCGUGUACACUGUAAAAAGUGAAAAUGUGCCAGUGCUCAGAUCACGCCCAAACUUUCAGGAAAGAUCAGACUACAUUUUUUCAAAAGUGACCCUAAAAUCUGUGUACUACCAACACAAGCCUUUAUGAUGAACACCUUUCUGCAAGUUAGACUGAACUGGAAGUAAUAUCUUCUCUUUUUGUUUAUUAUUUGGAUUCUUAAAGGAAUAGUUCACUCGAAAAUGGAAAAUUGCUGAAAAUGCAUUUACUCUCAGGCCAUCCAAGAUGUAGAUUCUUUAUCAGAACAGAUUUGGAGAAAUGU